AUGUCCUCCUAUGACAUUCUUAACAUGCAGAUCGAGCGGUUGGAAGUAAGCAGCCUCGCCCAGACUUCCAGUGCAGUGGCCUCCAGCACUGAUGGCAGCAUCCACACAGACUCUGUGGAUGGAACACCAGACCCUCAGCGUACAAAGGCUGCCAUUACUCACCUGCAGCAGAAAAUCCUGAAGCUCACAGAACAGAUCAAGAUUGCACAAACAGCCCGGGACGACAACGUUGCUGAGUACUUGAAGCUUGCCAACAGUGCAGAUAAGCAGCAGGCAGCCCGCAUCAAGCAGGUAUUUGAGAAGAAGAACCAGAAAUCUGCCCAGACCAUCCUCCAGCUACAAAAGAAGCUUGAGCACUACCACAGGAAGCUCCGAGAGGUGGAGCAGAAUGGGAUCCCCCGGCAGCCAAAAGAUGUCUUCAGGGACAUGCACCAGGGUCUGAAGGAUGUGGGAGCAAAGGUGACUGGCUUCAGUGAAGGUGUGGUGGAUAGUGUCAAAGGUGGACUUUCCAGCUUCUCCCAAGCCACCCACUCAGCAGCAGGGGCUGUGGUCUCAAAGCCCAGAGAGAUUGCCUCACUGAUUCGGAACAAAUUUGGCAGUGCAGACAAUAUCCCUAACCUGAAGGACUCUUUAGAGGAAGGCCAAGUGGAUGAUGGGGGGAAGGCUUUGGGGGUGAUUUACAACUUUCAGUCAAGCCCAAAGUAUGGUAGUGAGGAAGAUUGUUCUAGUGCCACUUCAGGCUCAGUGGGAGCCAACAGCACCACUGGGGUGGGAGCCAACAGCACCACUGGGGGUAUCGCUGUAGGAGCAUCCAGCUCCAAAACAAACACCCUGGACAUGCAGAGCUCAGGAUUUGAUGCAUUACUACAUGAGAUCCAGGAGAUUCGGGAAACCCAGGCAAGACUAGAGGAAUCCUUUGAGACCCUCAAGGAACAUUAUCAAAGGGACUAUUCCUUAAUAAUGCAGACCUUACAGGAGGAGCGAUAUAGAUGUGAACGAUUAGAAGAACAACUAAAUGACCUAACGGAGCUCCACCAGAAUGAAAUCUUGAACUUGAAGCAGGAAUUGGCCAGCAUGGAAGAGAAAAUCGCCUAUCAGUCCUAUGAACGGGCCCGAGACAUCCAGGAGGCCCUGGAGGCGUGCCAGACCCGCAUCUCCAAGAUGGAGCUGCAGCAGCAGCAGCAGCAAGUGGUGCAGCUGGAAGGGCUGGAGAAUGCCACCGCUCGGAACCUUCUGGGCAAACUCAUCAACAUUCUCCUGGCUGUCAUGGCUGUUCUUUUGGUCUUUGUCUCCACAGUAGCCAACUGCGUGGUCCCCCUUAUGAAGACUCGCAACAGGACGUUCAGCACUUUAUUCCUUGUGGUUUUCGUUGCCUUUCUCUGGAAGCACUGGGAUGCCCUCUUCAGCUAUGUGGAACGGUUCUUUUCAUCCCCCAGAUGAUGCUGGCACAAGAAGGCAGUGCUCCCUCCCCUCUGGCGAGUGCAUGCAGCAGAGAGUUAGACAGCAACUUACCUACUCUGAAGUUUUCUACAACAACAAAAGAGUUGAGUGAAUCUGUUUACAUUUAGGAUAAUGUUUUUUUCUUCAAGAGACGCAAUUGCAAUAGUAUUUUUUAGAUUUUAUCCAAGAAGUUUUUUGGGCAAAAAUCUUGGAUCAUUUUUAUGUAGCAUGAUUUUCCUCGGGAUGCAAAUCUUAAACAGUCCUUUAACAUGAAACAACAAUCUGGAGCACACUGAAGGGCAUUCUAAAUUGUGGCUUGAAGGACUGCACUAAAACCCACUAAAAAGAUUAAAAAAACCUGAUUAGGGCAAACCAAUUAUACCUAACACCUUGCCUUGUCUGGGCUCACCACCUCUUCCCAUCCCAGACUAACUUUACUGUGAAAUCCUACCACAUUCCAUGUCUGAAUUCUGGAUUCAGGGUGGAUUUUCCUUGUCUGUGGAAGAACAUGGAUCUCCCUGGCUUUCUCACCCAAGCUCGCCACUCACACUAACCCUGGAAGUACGGUCACUUUUGAGCCUGGUCCCUUAACCUUGCUAGGAUACAGAAGUGAGAGCAUCGUGCCCCACAGGAUCACUGCAUAGUUCUAUUACAGUAUUUUGACAUAGCCCUCUACAUAUGUGAUUUUAAGCAAAGUCCCUUGGCCGCACUUUUAAGGUUUUUUUUUUUUUUGUGUAUAGUUACCAACUUAAUAAAAAAUCUGAACAGCAUACUUGAAGAAUGUAAUACUCAAACUCUCAGUGCUUCCUUAUGGUUUCUAAUAGGAUUUUUUAUUAUUGUUAUUAUUAUUAUUAUUAUUAUUAUUAUGGGUUUUUCUGGAAAGGGUUGGGAGGGUCUUUUAUCUUUCCUUUGAAAUAAAGAAGUGAUGUUUUUAAAUGAA